AUGGCGGCGGCCGGCGGCGGUCGCGGCUCCCAGCCUGGGCUGGCUCCGGCGCCGGGCAGCGCCGGCGACACCUCCCUCCUCGGCAGCGCCACGAUGUGGCCCUUGAAGCGCUACGGUCGCUUCCUCCCUCCGAAGGACGGUGACGAUGAGGGGCACAGCACCUCUUGGAAGGUGUUUGAAUCAAAUGAAGAAUCAGGCCCUCUUGUCCUUACCAUUGUGGAGUCUGGCCAUUUCUUUAUUUCCCAAGGACGAACAGUGCUGGAAGGCUUUUCCCUGAUUGAUUCCCACAAGUGGCUGAAGAUAGUGAGGAGAGCAGAGUGCCUGCUGCUGCGGGCACAGGCCAAGAACGAGUGCCGCAUGUUCCGCGUGCAGUUCGGAGGGAGCUCCAGGGAGGAGAUGCAGGAGCACUGCUGCAGCUGCGUGCACAAACUGAGCCUGCACGUCCCGGUGCAGGGCGCCGAGGAACAGAGCCAGCAGCCCUGCCACGACAGCCAGGCCAUGGACACUGAGCACGCAAUCAGGGCCACCUUCCCAUCGUUCCCUUGGCAGUCGGUGCUGCGGCAGCGGCCGGGGCUGCCCCCGGCGCUGGGGCAGCCGGCGUGGAGCGCCCGGGAGUUGGGGCCCUUCAUCCGCCUCUGCCUCAUGGACCAGCACUUCCCAGCCUUCGUGGAGGACGUGGAGAAGGAGCUGCACAGACUCGCCGAGGAAUGAGGCACGCCUGGAACUCCAC